AUGGUUUCCUCAACGGGGAUAAAAACCCGAAUCUGCAUGAUCUCCGACACACACACCGCGGCCCCGUACUCCCCACUCCAAACCUCAUAUGCCUACCGCAGCCCACUCCCCAAGGCCGACGUCCUCCUCCAUGGCGGCGAUCUUACCAAAGUCGGCUACAGCGUCGAACAUGAGGCCAUGGUCUCGAUGCUCAAAGCCGCCGACGCCGAACUCAAGCUCGUCAUCGCCGGUAACCACGACAUCACCCUGGACGAAGAGCACUUCACCACUUUCGGAUAUCGGCGACAUCGCCGACCAGAAUGGCUCGGCGGCAAAGGCAUCCUCCUCGAAGACGACGAAAAGUCCCUAUCAAAUGCCAUUCGAGCCGGCGAUGUCCCCGCCGCAGAUAAAAUGCAGGCCUACGUACGACGCGUGAAGAAUAUGUAUACGAACGAAUCAGCCCGUGCCGCGGGGAUACGUUACCUCGAAGAAGGCGUCCACUCCUUCACCCUCUCCAAUGGCGCCAAAUUGACCGUCUACGCCUCGCCCUAUCAACCCGAAUUCUGUCGCUGGGCCUUCGCAUACCCUCGCUCCCAAGAUCGUUUCAAUCCUCCCCUCCCCGGCUCGUCAAACCCCCAACCCGCAAAUCCAGUCCCCGACUUCCCCAACGUCGACAUCAUGCUCACCCACGGCCCUCCCGCACACGUCCUGGAUCUCGUCGGUCGAGACGAAGGUCACCAGCAACACGUCGGUUGUCAACAUCUCCUUCGAGCCGCUGAGCGCGCCCGACCACGCCUGUACAUGUUUGGACAUAUCCAUGAGGGGUGGGGAGCUAUCCGCGGCUCAUGGAAUGCCUUUGCAAACGGUGGCAUUCAACUAGAAGAGGUUCCCACCGAUAAGGAAGAUAUGUUGGAGCGACGCGGGGCAUACUAUGAUAUUAGUUCGGGGAGUCAGCGGCCGUUGCGGGUUGGGGCCGAGACGUUGUUUGUAAAUGCCAGUAUCAUGACGCUUGGUUAUCAUCCGGACAAUGCGCCUUGGGUGGUAGACUUGGAUCUUCCACCUGCGGAUGUGCAGAUGCCAUCCCGUGUAUGA